AUGCCUGCAGUACAGUCGCACGGUGGAGUGAAACGUGAGCAGUCCCUGAGACCGAUCCUGAAAGACUCCAAGAGCUGCGUGUCGUGCAGUACAGACCAUGAGAAUGACGCUGAAGUUGAUAACGUCAUCGGUGGCAGGGUAGAGUUAGCUACUGCGCCUUUACCAGUGGAGGCGGACGCUGACCCUGAGGCUCACAGGGAACCGCGAAACCGGAAGCACAUCCACUUCGACGAGGGCAACUUGCAGGAAAACGAGGCGGAGCGGUUGCGUGUGGAGCGAAUGCUCAUCGACGAGCCGAAAACACCGUAUCACGAACCGUUUGCAGAGUCGCAUACAGGGCUGGGUUCGCUUUCCGCAAGCGAAGGAUCCGAGUCCGAGUACAUCGGCCGAGGAUGUUUCAUUCAGACGCAUGCUUCCCAAUGCGGAUCUGCGGACGGCCGUCAUGCUCCCCAAAUCAACGGUGCUGGCAUGACGUUUCUCUCUCGAAGCUCGUCGACAGAUUCUUCGAGUUCUCAUACGAGUGGGCGCCGUUUGUCGCAUGAAGAAUUCGAAGAAAAACGAAGGAGUCUGUACAGCAACGAGUACCGCAUGAUUCGACUCUACCGACAACAGUCGCUCGAUUCUGACACAGACGACUCCGCGAGCGGUACCGAGGGAGCGAGCUCCGCGAGCAAAGCGUCCCAAAGGCGCGCUGAGCCUCCAGAGCGUGCACGCGACGGCAAAAAUGCCAUCUGA